AUGGCGGCCUUACGAGUUUUAGGAGAGACUGGUCGUAAAGUUCCUUCUUUUAUUCGUUUAAACGGUUUAGCUGCGGUUCCUCAAGUUACAGCUCCUGCCAUUGGAUGUCGGGGUUUUAAAAGAUGGGUGCGGCCCUAUCUCUGUGAAUUGUACCAAAGGAGACUGCGGGCUGGGCCUGAUAAAGAAAGACAUCGCUCAGAAUGGAGCAAUUGGAAUUACAAUGCUGAGAUCUACUCCUUUGGUCAACGUCUGGGUGAAGAAUUCAACGAAGAUACUUUACGUACAGUUUUCAUAAAUCGGUCCUAUAUUGAGAAAGAAGAAGCUAGGCGUAAAGAACUUGGUGUUGCGGAUGACAUAAUUCCUUUGAGCCUUGUUGACAACCAGGAGUUAGCUGAAGAAGUGGCUCAAAAAAAAUACAGGAAUCUUUUUUUUAUUGCUUCUUUCUUUCUCUUUUUCUCUUUUUUGUAUUACUUUCUAUUUUUCUUUCUUUUUUUGCAUUCUUUCUUUCUCUCCUUUUAUUUGCGUUCUCUCUCUCUCUCUCUCCUUUUAUUUGCGUUCUCUCUCUCUCUCUCUCCUUUUAUUUGCGUUCUCUCUCUCUCUCUCUCUCUUUUUAUUUUGGUUCUCUCUCUCUCUCUCUCUCUCUCUCCCUUUUUUGCGCUCUCUCUCUCUCUUUUUAUUUUAUCUCUCUCUCUCUCUCUCCUUUUAUUUGCGUUCUCUCUCUCUCUCUCUCCCUUUUAUUUGCGCUCUCUCUCUCUCUCCUUUUAUUUGCGUUCUCUCUCUCUCUCCUUUUAUUUGCGUUCUCUCUCUCUCUUUUUUAUUUGCGUUCUCUCUCUCUCUUUUAUUUAUUCUCUCUCUCUCUCUCUCCUUUUUUUUCUCUCUCUCUCUCCUUUUAUUUUCGUUCUCUCUCUCCUUUUAUUUAUUCUCUCUCUCUCCUUUUAUUUGCGUUCUCUCUCUCUCUCUCUCUCUCCUUUUAUUUGCGUUCUCUCUCUCUCUCCUUUUAUUGUUUCUUUCUUUUUUGGGAUUCUUUCUUUCUAUUUUUCUUGUUUUACAUCCUUUCUUUUCUUUCUUUAUAUUUUUUCUUUCUCCAGGCUUCCUUCUUUCCAUUUUUUUAAUUUGUUUUCCUUCAUAUGCGUUCAUUUCUUUCUAUCAUUCAGCCAUUUCUUUCUCUGCAUUAUUUUCUUUGUUCUUCUCCUCCCUCCUUUCUUUCUUUACAUUCUUUCUUUUAUUUAUUUAUUUAUUUAUUUUUGUUCUUUUGCAGGGAAGAAAAUAGCAAGUAGAUAUGUGAAGGCCUUUCUUCGAUUUUCAUAUCCUUACUUCUUUGAGGAAGGAAUAAGUGCUGUCCAUGAUUUUCUAAUGACUGAAGAACUUCUUGCCUACACAGGCUUUCACAUUGGAAUCAAGGAUCUGAUUCUUACUGCUGAAUUUCCAGUUGCUCAAAGCACAUUGGCUUCUACAUUUUUGGCUGUGAUUGGUGGAUUAGCUAAAGACCAAGGAAUAGUCCGAGCAGAGAGAUUUGUUAACCAUUUCAUUAUUCCCCAUCUUGUGGGAAAAGACAUAAACGAAAUCUGGAAUAUUGAAAACCCAAUGGGUUUGUUGGUGUCCAUUCUCCAGGCUCGAGGACUUGCAGAACCAGAGCCAAGAAUUAUCUGCCAGUCUGCAUCAGAAACAAUAAUGUCCUUAUACUGGGUGGCUAUCUACAGUGACAAGAAAAUGAUUGGAAAAGCCCCCGGUGAGACAGUGACGAUUGCAGAGGAGAUGGCAGCUAGGGAUUGUUUGAAACGGAUAAUGAAAACCACCGAUGACCAUGCACCAUUUCUAGCGUUUCUUUGUUUCCUUUCUCUUCUUUUUUCUUUCUUUUCUAAGUGCCUUCUUUCUUUCCUUCUUUCUUUCUUUCAUGACUUAUCUUUUUCCUUCCUUUAUUCUUCCUUUCUUUCUUUCUUUUCUAAAUAUUUUCUCUUUCCUGCUUCUUUUCGGUCAGUUCUCUUCUUUCUUUCUUUCUUUCUUUUCUUCUUUUUUUUCUUCUUUCUUUCUUUUCUUAAUAUAUUCUCUUUCCCCUUUCUUUUCGGUCAGUUCUUUCUUUUCUUCUUUCUUUUCUUCUUUCUUUUCCCAUGUUUCUCUUUCCCUCUUUCUCUUUCUUUACAGAGGGAUCAUGUCCUCUUUCUUUCUUUUCUUCUAUCUUCUUUUUUUCUGUUUUCUAUUCUUUCUUUAUUCCUUUUCUCAUAUCCCAGCUUUACUCUGACUAAGCGAUUGUCUUUCUUCUUCCUCAAAUAG